CCUCCGCCAUGAAGACGGCCUUCGUGACGGUGGGCACCACCAGCUUCGACGGCCUGGUCGCCGCCGUGUCGGCCCCGGAGGCUGUGCGGGUUUUACAGGAUCUUAGCUACAGCCGACUAAUCCUUCAGAUUGGUAGGGGCACAGUGACUCCAGAUUCAGUUUGCACACCAACAUUUACCCAGGAAGUGUAUAGGUACAAGAACUCGCUGUUUCAAGAUAUUCAAGAAGCAGAUCUUAUCAUAAGUCAUGCAGGUGCAGGUAGCUGUCUGGAGGUCCUGGAAGCAGGGAAACCAUUACUGGUAGUUGUAAAUGACAAGCUGAUGGACAAUCAUCAGUUGGAGUUGGCAAGACAGCUACAAAGGGAUGGACAUCUCUUUUACUGCACGUGCAGAACUCUCAUCCAGACUCUUCAAUCAAUGGACUUGUCAACAUUGAAGCCUUUCCCACCUGGACAACCAGAGAAAUUUGCUGCAUUCUUGGACAAAGUAGUUGGGAUUUAAAUAAGUGAGCUGUAGAAGGAAGCUCCCACAUUCGGAAC